AUGUCUAAAGGGAAGAUGAAUGCGGAUCUAGGACCUGCGUUAAAGCCCUUUGAUGGCAAGGAUGACUUCACAGAUUGGCAAAGGAUGAUGAAGAACAUACUGAUACAGCGAGAUUUGGAUGAUGCACUCAGCGGUGAGAAGCCGACAGGCAUGACAGACGUAACAUGGACCAAGGUUCUCAAGAAGGCCAAGAGUUCCAUUGAGAUCCAUCUCACAAGAUCAGUUCGGUCACACAUCACCGAAAAGAUGACUGCCCGAGAAGCAUGGGAAAAGUUGCACAAUGUUUAUAUGGGCAAAACCGUGUCUAAUAAACUUUUUCUAAAGGAUGAACUAUUCGGACUUCGACUGGAAGAAGGAGGUGAUAUUGAAGAUCACGUAUGCAAGUUUCAGAAUUGCAUAACUAAUCUUCAAAAGGUCGAAGAAACUUACAAAGAUGAUGAUAUGGCUAUCAUCUUGCUGAGGUCUCUACCUUCGUCUUUCAAGCACUUUCGAACAACUCUAAUGUUUGGAAAAGAGUCCCUGAAGCUUGAAGACGUGAUUCAAGCUCGCAAGGAGAGGGGGCGGGAAAAGACAAAGGAAGAGAAAAUAGGCAACAGAGGUAGGUCAAAAUCCAAGAAGAAAAAGGAAAAGAAGGAAGGUUGCUUCGAAUGUGGUUCAGCCGAUCAUUGGAAGAGGAACUGCAAGAUUUGGAAAAAGAAGAAAGCCAAGAGGGAAGGAAGCUCGGUUCAGCUAGUGCAGUCACUGAGCAUGAGAGUGACGGGGAGCUUCUUUCAGUAA